GCCCCCCUCCUCACAACAAAAGCUAGAGAGAGAAAUUGAGAGGCAAAAUGUACUCCUCUAUUCUCUUUCUCUCUCUAACACUUCACUACCAUGAGCAAAUGGGCUUCGCCAUUAAUGCUCCUCGUGUUCGUAUUCUUAUUCGAAGUCGCAGGUAUUUGAUUCAUUGUUUACGUUGCUUGAUUGGUUUCUUUCAUCAGAUGGUUACGAUCCCAUGGACCCCCAGGGGAACAUCACCAUUAACUGGGACUUCAAAACUAUCACUGAUGUUUACACGGUUAUUGUGAGCAUCCACAACUACCAACUCUACAGGCACAUUGAGCCCCCUGGUUGGAAACUGAGUUGGACAUGGUCAGGGAGUGAAGUAAUAUGGGACAUGAAGGGUGCAGAAACCACUGAACAAGGCAAUUGUUCAACAUACAGAGGAGACACCAUCCCGCAUAGCUGCGAAAAAAACCCUGUUGUUGUGGACUUACCUGCAGAUGCUCCCUACAAUGCCCAGGCAGGGAAUUGUUGCCGCGGAGGGGUGUUAACUUCAAUUGUUCAGGACCCAACUCGGUACAUGUCCGCGUUCGAGAUGAUCGUGCGGAAUCCGAUGAGGUCCAAGCCGUCGAAUUUCAGCAUAGGAGUUGCGGGCUACACAUGCGGCGAUCCAGUCGAUGUACCGCCGAGCAAGUAUCGGUUCGAUGGUCAGCGGUAUACGCAAGCUCUAAAGACAUGGCAAGUUACAUGCUCCUACUCCCAGUUCAGGGAAUCUGAUAUGCCCAGUUGUUGUGUUUCUCUAUCUGCUUUCUAUUACCAGUCCAUAGUCUCGUGCCCAGAUUGCAGCUGUGGGUGCCAAGGAUCACCUGCUGCAUCACAAUGCAUCAGUGAAGGACAACAGCCUAAUUAUUUACAGAUACCAAAGGCAAAGAGUCAAGAUGAGCCAAUAUCCCCAGUUGUGAUGUGCACACAACAUAUGUGCCCAAUUCGAGUACACUGGCACCUGAAAUCGAACUACAAGGAUUAUUGGAGGGUUAAAGUGACAAUUACCAACCUGAAUUUUGUUAAGAACUACAGUGAUUGGAGUUUGGUGAUGCAGCAUCCCAAUCUUGGGAGCUUGGCUCAAGUUUUCAGCUUCAACUUCCAGCCACUUUUUCAGAUUGGCGAAACCAAUGACACAGUUAUGCUAUGGGGGAUUGAGCGAUACAACGAUAUGCUUCUGCAGUCGGGCGCGAGUGGGAACGUGCAGUCGGAGAUGCUACUGAAGAAGGACCCGCGCGAGUUCACCUUCAAGGGCGGCUGGGGCUUCCCGCGAAGGGUGUCAUUCAACGGCCACGAUUGCAUCAUGCCAUCGCCGGACGCCUAUCCUGCGCUGCCCAACGGAAGCCCGAGGAAAUUCCCUACCUCAGCAGCAGUACAUCAAGUGGUGUUCAUGGGUCUUUCUCCAUUGGUGUUGUAUGUUGUGGUGCUUUUGUUGUAGAAGAUUUUUAAGUUUCACUCUUCCACUUUUGAAUGUUGUUUGUACAAUUUUGAAUAUUUCAGGGAUAUGUGUGCAAAAAUCCCUAGAGACAUAGAGUGAAUGUAAAAUAUAGAGGAAUAAAGGUUCUAGGUGAAAAAAUCACCAUAUUUGCUUCUUCUAA